UUAUAUUGUCUGCUCUGACAAAAAUAAAGUAUUUUUUUUUAGAUUUAGGGGAAUUGACUGCGUGUGUCUUAUAAAUACAAACUUGAUAAUACGUUUGUUUUGUAAAGAGACUUCUUUAAAGUCACGCAAGAAUAAAAUAUUUUAGUUGUAACUGGUUAAACUUAAAUCUGUUAUUAUCUAUUUAACUAUAAGCUGUAUUUUUCUGAUAAGACACAAAGCUUCUGAUGAGGAUCUUAUAACAGUGUCGGAGAUGAUGAUGGCUGUUCACAGCAGGUGGCGGGUUGUAAACAAGUGUCUUUUAAAAACUACAAGGCUCUGAUUUAAAAAUGUGAUUAUGUACAACAAAGUUGUCAGAAAACUUAGGCUGAUGCGUACUUAUAUCUGUGGGGUUUUUUAAAAACAAAACUUUUUUGAAGCUUAAAACAUUCCACCCUAUCUUGUGGUUUGUAUACAAUGUUAAUACUAAAAUCGUACGUGUGUAUGUGUAUUUAUGUUUAUAUAUGAUUACAUAUGUUGUGGUGAAAACAAGGUGUUUAUCUGACUGGUCCCUAAUGGUACAAAUAAUUCAUGAUAUUCGUCUCACUGAUACAAUGCCAGGUGGUUUCAUUACAUUGAAAAUAGUUAGAACACAGCAGAGACAUGCAUUGAGGUUAAUUACCCACAUGUUUUUAUAUGAGGCUCUAAAGCAAUAUAUUCAACCAUGCGUAUUUAUGCGGUCUUUUAAGGUUCGUUUGUAACAUCAUAAGUUCCUCUACAGACAAUCAAGAAUCAAUUAUGCUUACAAGCUGUUAUCAGGUGACACAAACCAGAUCUCUCGUCUUUAACAGUUUCGUAUAAAGUAAGGCACCACUCAGAAUGUAUUUUAACACCCCUGAAAACUAGUGAUUGAAACUUACAGCGAGAAAGUCUGCGUUAAAGAGUCUAGAAAAGAAAUGGAGACAUACCUUACUGGAGCCCUGAACGACACCGACUACGCUAAUGUUGCGGCUGAAAUUUGUGCUUUAAAUACAGGAUUGGGGAACCCCACGGUUAAUGAUGAAAACUUGCAUAACAACAUUAGAUCAUCUGAUCGAGAGGUGGUGUGGGGAGUUGCAGGUCUCCACACACUCGCGAAUUUGUCUAACCUCCUGGAUAGCAUACCCAAUACAUCAGGGUUUCUAAGAAAUAACGAGAACGGGAUCUGUGCUACGGCUACUCGACACAACGAUGGUAGAUCUGGGAUACGCAAACCACUCUCGGAUUUGUCCAUCCUGGUGGAUAAUAUACCCCACACAACACUGGUUGGCCAUGGAUCACACAAAAGACAGAGAUCCAUUCAGGCCGAGAUUCACACACCAAGGGGCCAGCAUACAACUUUACGAAAUACUGAUGCAAAGAGACAACGAACGGUUCGGAGUGUGUCCCCCGUUUUGAAUGACAGAGUCAUCGCGAUCGAUAAUGUAGGACCAUUGGAGUCUGACGCUAGAACAUCUGGUCAAGGGUCGAGCGCACAUGACAUAGUAGAGAGCUUUGUAGAUUGGGAUGAGGAUCUGAUUAUCGCAUGGGACAUUUGUGAUUUUGAACUACCUACACCGGUGCAAUCACCAUCAGCGUCCAUGAAUGUACAAGAAACACCUGUGGUUUCCGAACAGACCCCAGAGUUAGGGGUGAAUCACAUAAACCAAGAAGACAACAAUUCUGAGGAUACAGAAUUGUUCCCAUAUGUUUUGACCCAGAACCUCGAUGUUCAAAGAACCGUGGAUUCCGAACAGACCAUCGCUGUGGUACAACUAAAUCGAGAAGAGGUUGGUUCUGAGGAUACAGAAUUGUCCCCAUAUGUUUUGACCCAGAACCUCGAUGUUCAAAGAAUCGUGGAUUCCGAACAGGACCCGGAGCCACUGCCUGGUAAUCAACAGGCCUAUAGAAACGAACUUGUGGCUGAUGAACAGGUCACGGACAGCACAGGAAAUGAAGUGACUCCAGAAGAGCUCAAAGACUUUUUGCAUUAUGUAUGGCACGAUUAUGUACAGUUUAAGCAAUUUGUAGUCGAUGGUUUUGCAAUCCAGGAUACAGAGCGAAGAAAACUGUUGGGGUUAAUCGCCGAAAUUAUCACUCUGUUAAAAAACCCGACUUUGUAAGUGACAAAGCCGUUUUAAACUUAUACCGUUGAGUGUUCUCAAUACCAGAUACAACGGGAAAAUUUCAAAUGUUUAUAUAAUCCGGUUUAUACAUGUUUUUGAUACCUUGUUGG